UUUUGUCCGACAUCUUAUCGAGGCAGCAGUGGUGGCAGCUGUUCAAGUUUCACCCUGCAGUCCAAGGACAAGAAGAAGAUGCUGACAUGUGUGAGUGAAGUGGGGAGCAGACAAAGCAGGCACUAGUGGAAAGAGUGGUCCUUGGAGGAGCCACCAUGCAAUCUGAGGAGGUACAGAGGAGACGCUUCAGGCAGAGACUGAUGUUGAAGAACAGUUUGGCUAAAGAAAUGCUCUCCGAGUUCUUGGGCACAUGUAUAAUGAUCUUUCUCGGAUGUGGCUCUGUUGCCCAAUCCGUCCUCAGUCGCGGAACUUCUGGAGGAGCCCUCGCUGUGAACGUUGGCUUCUCAGUAGCAGUCGGAAUGGCCGUUUAUGUGGCUGGGGGUGUCUCUGGUGGCCACAUCAACCCUGCUGUGUCUUUUGCAAUGUGUCUCUUUGGGAGGAUGAAAUGGUUCAAAUUUCCUUUUUAUGUGGGAGCCCAGCUCUUGGGAGCCUUCACAGGGUCCGCAAUCCUCUUUGGUGUUUACUAUGAUGCAUUUAUGUCCUUUGCUGGCGGAGAACUGUACAUCGUGGGAGAAAAUGCAACAGCACAGAUUUUUGCAACAUACCCAGCUCCGUAUCUGUCUCUGGCAAAUGGGUUUGCAGACCAAGUAGUGUCCACCAUGUUCCUCCUCAUGGUUGUCUUUGCCAUCUUUGACUCCAGAAACUGGAGCGUCCCCAGAGGCCUGGAGCCCGUUGUCAUCGCCCUCCUGAUUUUGGUCCUUACUACCUCCAUGGAACUGAACUGUGGCUGUGCCAUGAAUCCAGCUCGAGACCUAGGUCCCAGGCUUUUCACUGCUUUGGCGGGAUGGGGGUUUGGUGUCUUCAAAGCUGGAAAUAACUUCUGGUGGAUUCCUAUCCUGGGCCCUAUGGUUGGUGCUGCCAUGGGAGGCCUCAUCUACAUUCUUUUCAUUGAAAUCCACCAUCCAAACCUGAAUACAGACUUUGAGAGAGAACAACCGAGGACAAACUAGAGAAACAUGAGUUUAGUGUGGAAAUGUAGCGGCGGGUUUAGUUCUAAGUUUACAAUUGGCUGAGCUGAUGUUCUCUUCAGGAAAGAUGGCAUCCAGGUGUCUAUAUAUUCAUGAGACUGGGGUAGAUCUUCCCAAUUUUCUCUGCUAGCCAUUUGGGACACUUGAUUGGAAAAGCAUCUGAAUAAAGUUUUGAAAAUACUGACCUCUUCUCUACCAGUUCCCCCUGCCUUCAGAGUAACAUGGACUGUCUCGUGAAACAGACUUCUCUCCACCCUGUUUAUUUCAUUCUUUCAUGUGAAUUUUUUUUGCUGAGUGAGCACUGAUAACUUGAGACUUCGACCUUGGACUUAUUUGGAUAGUCUCAACUGCAUUAUCUGUAUGAAAUAGCAUCACCAAAGC